UGUGUGUGUGUGUGUGUGUGUGUUUGUGUGUGUGUGUGUCUGUGUGUCACUGUGUGUGUGUGUGUGUGUGUGUGUGUCACACACCAAAUGAUGCAUUAGGCCUAGGUUGCAUUAGUUCUGUUUUCAGGCUCUGAAACAGGCACUCUGGUAGCAGCAAAAACAUUUUCCCGUCACAGUGAGUCUUGUCAGAGACUUGCCAAAGAGCUGUUUGACCAUGAUAAAAUGUCAUCCUCUCCUCCUCACAGCAGCUAAGAAGAAGGGGAAUAAGAAGUUGAAGACCCUAUCCCUGACUAACUUCCUGGCAGAGGAUAAGGGGGGUAAUGCAAGUUACCCCCCCACCAAGCCCACUAGCAGCUGGGCCGACGAGAUGGAUGACCUGGAAACAGAGGUAUCCACCUCCUGGCAUACAGAGGAGGAUAUGUACCGGGCCCCAGCCAUCGACCGCUCCAUCCUGCCCACAGCGCCCCAUUCAGCCCGGGAGCCAAACGUUGACCGCUCUCGUAUUCCCCGCGGUCCCCCUUACACCGCCUUCCUGGGCAACUUGCCCUACGACGUGACUGAGGACUCCAUCAAGGACUUCUUCAGAGGCGUGGGGAUCAGUGCAGUGCGUCUUCCUAGAGAGCCCAGUAACCCAGAGAGGCUGAAGGGUUUUGGCUAUGCUGAGUUUGAUGAUGUGGAAUCCCUCCUGAGUGCCUUGAGUCUUAACGAAGAGAACUUGGGAAACAGAAGGAUCCUUGUGGACAUUGCAGAUCAGUCUAAUGACAAAGGGAGGGAUAAUCACUCCAUGGGGGGUCGGGACCGUGACCAUGGGGGAGACUUUGGCCCAGACAGGACAGACUCUGACUGGAGGGCACCGCGGCCCAGUGGAGGACAGAGUGACGACGGGCCUCCUCAGAAAGAUGACGCCUUUGGAGAACGGUCACGGGACCGCUACGAGUCAGACCGGUCCAGAGGAGAUAACCGCUACGAAGGAGAUAACCGCUACGGAGGGGGCCAGGACAGGUACAGGGAUCGAUAUGACGACAGGGAUCGCAGAGAUGACAGAGGAGGUCAGGGUCGCGGUGGUGGUCGCAGGGCAUUUUGCACUGGUUACAGGCGUGACGAGGGAGGACCGGAUAGCUACCGGCAGGAUAGCUACAGACGGGAUGACUACCGGGGUAGUGGGGAUCGCUAUGGUGACCGUGGUGGUGACCGAUACGAGAGACGGGAGGAAAGCUGUGGUGAUAGAGGUGCUGUCGAGAGGCCCAAGUUGAUCCUGAAACCCCGUAGCGUACCUAAAGAGGUGGAGCAGAGCAGCGCCCCGUCUGCCCCCUCGGGCAGGGCUGCCUCCAUCUUCGGCGGUGCCAAGCCAGUGGACACAGCUGCCAAGGAGAGAGAAGUGGAGGAGAGGCUGAAGAGGGAACAGGAAAAACUGCAGCGACAGCUAGAGGACAGAAUCCCAGACCGCAAGCCCAGAGAGAGGCACCCCAGCUGGCGCAGUGAGGACCAACCUGCAGGACGCUCUCGGACUGGCAGUGAGUCUUCCCAACCAGGCAGCUAUUGCCAGUCUGGCAGAGCCUCCAAGCGCAGGGAGAGCGAGCGCUCGGUGGACAGUGGUCGUGAAGAGGAGCCAUCCUCCCCUGUGACCCAGCCCUCCCCUCCCAGACAGGACGUCUCGCCCCUUAAGGUGGUGCUCGCCCCACCCCCCAAGGAGAACGCCUGGGCCAAGAGGACCACGCCCAACCACCGUCUCCCCCAGCAGUGACACACUCCUACAGCUCACCAGAGGUCGAUCGCAGCGAAUAGGCACAGUAUGCAGCCUUGAUAUAAUGGAAGCAGACCAACAUGACAAUAUGGAGGAGAAUGCAGAGGGAGGGUGAAUGAAAGAAGAUGGAAGAUGCUCUGCACAACAACCUGGCUGGAGCAGCUCUACAGCUCCCUUCCUGCUAACCUGCUGAAGAGAAACCCACCCCACUGCCGGCUGGCUGCACCUUCAGGACUGGACCUAAACAAGGACAAAUACUAGUCUGGGUACCAGUCUUUUUACCUAACAUUCCACUUCUUGCCACUCCUGACAAUUUGCCAAAUCUUUGGCAAGGAGUGGAAUGUAAUAUAGUUAAAUAGAGACGGCAACCAGGCUAGAGAAAUGCUGGACAGGUUUUUAAUUAAACAGAGGUGUGAGGUUGAAUUUAAGUCAUUCUAAAA